AUGACCGUUUACCGUUGCAAACGUUGUGAAGAGAAGAAGCUUCGUUGUUUCGUGGAUACCGCCACUGGGCGUUGUGCUGGUUGUAUUUCUGUCGGUGCUGAGUGCAGUUUGUUUGUUUCUGAGGAGGAGUGGGAGAAGGUUCAGCGCGAGAAGCGGCAAAAGCGCUUGGAGCUGGCGCGCAUCGAGGAGGACGCUGCACGAGUUCGUCGAGAACUCUUGGAAGUCGAGGCUCGGGAGCACGAUUUUGCCGAUCGUGAUCUUGCCAUUCUGAACUUCCAGGAUCGUGCGAAAGAGCAGGCCGAGGGGAGCUCAGCCCCUGGGG